UACAACCUUUCAGCAACCGAGCUUGCGCAUGUUUUCAUUUCCGGCCACUUCGCUCGUAUGCCUCACUCGUUUGGUUCGUCAAGAUGCUAAGAAGAAAUGUACAAAGAGAAAACGUUAAGAUGGUUGUUGACCAGAAGUGUGUAAAUGAACGGACAUAACAGCAAGCAGACAAUAGGUGGCAACAUUGCUGAUAUGAGUGGACAAGCAACUGGUUGUGUUAGUCGUCUUGGCAUUGCGUAUGCAACUGUCACCAUCGCAGUCUGUCGAUGUGGACUGCAUUGCAAACAAGGGAGAACCGGGUGUUCCCGGAGUGCCGGGUCCUCCAGGAAGACAGGGACCAUUAGGAAAGGAAGGAGCCCCAGGAAUUGCAGGCGGCACCGGCUUGAAGGGUGAGGUAGGAGCUGAAGGUGCAGUCGGUCCACCAGGCAAACAAGGAGUGGAAGGUGUGAUGGGUCCAGCAGGUCCACCCGGACCUCAAGGCCCUCCUGGACCUCAAGGCCCUCCCGGACCUCAAGGCCCUCCAGGGAAAAGUGGAAUGAUGGGUCCACCAGGGCCCAGAGGUCCUCCAGGUCAGACAGGAGGACGUGGAGAGAAGGGAGAACGAGGAGUGAUUGGUCCAAGAGGAUUGGCUGGAUUAGAUGGCAUUCCAGGUGCUGCAGGUCCCAUCGGAGCCGUGGGAUCAUGUGGACCAUUAGGAGUGAAGGGUGAUCGUGGAUUACCCGGAGGAAAGGGAGAAGUCGGACCACAAGGUCGUCCCGGUGCAGAGAUGAGUGAAGAUGUAUUGAAACGCUACUUUUCUCCAGUCAAGGGACUGGCAGAGAGGAUGAAACAACUGGAGGAUUGGAAAGAAGAGUGGACAAAGAAUGAGAGUAGAAUGAAUGAGAGUAGAGUGACUGUUGCAGCACAUCUUGUAGGAUCAUCAGCCACGGGGCAUACUAUAUCAGGUGUGAUAACGUACUGGCAAACAAGCAGUCCAUCAUUCUUACUGGGUGGCAUCACAUACAGCAAUGGAGCUCUUACAAUUCCAUCUGAUGGUGUUUACUAUAUUUAUACACAUCUCUACCUAGACAACAAUAGUGGCAGUCGUAUUAGAGCUUACAUCAGAGUAAAUGGCAAACUCGUUUUACUCAUCCAAAGUUACCAUACUCAUGGUGAAGACAAAUCUAAGCAUGCUGGUGUACUUCAGCAGCUGAAAGAAGGUGACAGUGUCGACAUACAUGGAGGAAGAUCUAAAUACUACAUGGGUCAUGAUCAUUCAGUCUUCGGUAUUUUUAAGAUCCAGUAGAAGCAUGUUGAGAAUGAGGAUGUCAAUUAAGUGAUAAGUGUGAGCGUAAAAUGACUCUCCAUGUGAUCAUGUUAGUAAUUGUAGUUGUGACUGUUUAUGUUGGACUGUAGUGUGACCAUGCAUUCCUUUCAAAUUUCUGUUUGUUGUUUCGUUUCAUUUCUAUACAGCAACAAAUGUUCAUCUCUUU